GACGUCACUUCCGUCGCGGGCGCGGCGGGCGGGGGGCGCCGGGCCCGGGACCCCCGCGUCACCGCCAUGGCGGACGACGGCGGCGAGGAGAAGAAGCAGGUGGCCAAGUUCGAGCUGGAGCGGGAGACGGAGCUGCGGUUCGAGGUGGAGGCGGCGCAGACGGUGCAGCUGGAGCUGCUGACCGGCAUGGCCGAGGUGUUCGGCACCGAGCUCACCCGCAACAAGAAGUUCACGUUCGACGCGGGCGCCAAGGUGGCCGUGUUCACGUGGCACGGCUGCACCGUGCAGCUCAGCGGCCGCACCGAGGUGGCCUACGUGUCGCGGGACACGCCGAUGCUGCUCUACCUCAACACGCACACAGCGCUGGAGCAGAUGCGGCGCCAGGCCGAGCGGGAGGACGAGCGCGGGCCCCGCGUCAUGGUGGUGGGGCCCACCGACGUGGGCAAGACCACCGUGUGCCGCCUGCUGCUCAACUACGCCGUGCGCCUGGGCCGCCGGCCCACCUUCGUGGAGCUGGACGUGGGGCAGGGCUCGGUGUCCAUCCCCGGCACCAUGGGCGCGCUGUACAUCGAGCGCCCGGCCGACGUGGAGGAGGGCUUCUCCCUGCAGGCCCCCCUUGUCUACCACUUCGGCUCCACCACGCCCGGCACCAACAUCAAGCUCUACAACAAGAUCACGUCGUGCCUGGCCGACGUCUUCAACCAGCGGUGCGAGGUGAACCGGCGGGCGUCGGUGAGCGGCUGCGUCAUCAACACCUGCGGCUGGGUCAAGAGCUCGGGCUACCAGGCGCUGGUGCACGCCGCCUCCGCCUUCGAGGUGGACGUGGUGGUGGUGCUGGACCAGGAGCGCCUCUACAACGAGCUCAAGCGGGACCUGCCCCACUUUGUGCGCACCGUGCUGCUGCCCAAGUCCGGCGGCGUGGUAGAGCGCUCCAAGGACUUCCGCCGGGAAUGCCGGGACGAGCGCAUCCGUGAGUACUUUUACGGCUUCCGCGGCUGCUUCUACCCCCACGCCUUCGACGUCAAGUUCUCUGACGUGAAGAUCUACAAGGUGGGCGCGCCCACCAUCCCGGACUCGUGCCUGCCGCUGGGAAUGUCACAGGAGGAUAACCAGCUGAAGCUGGUGCCGGUGACCCCGGGGCGGGACAUGGUGCACCACCUGCUGAGCGUCAGCACCGCCGACAGCCCCGACGACAACAUCUCCGAGACCAGCGUGGCCGGCUUCAUCGUGGUCACCGGCGUGGACCUGGAGCGCCAGGUCUUCACCGUGCUGUCCCCGGCGCCGCGCCCCCUCCCCAAGAACUUCCUGCUCAUCAUGGACAUUCGCUUCAUGGACCUCAAGUAGGGGAAGGGCGGGAUGUGCUCUCCUCCUCCCCCUCGCUGUGCCCCUUCCUCAUUCCCCCAGCGCGGUGUGACGCCGGUGCGGCGCCCGUCCUUCGGUUUUAUACUUUUUGUACGGUUUGCUAUUAAAUCUGGAAGCCUU